CUCACAUAGCCUAUUCGUAUGAACAUAUCCAUAGAAACCGCCAGUGCAUUGGCUUACCUCCAUGCUUCUGAUAUCAUCCACCGCAAUAUCAAGACUAACAACAUACUCCUCGACAACAAUUUUUUUGUCAAAGUUGCUGAUUUUGGGCUUUCAAGACUCUUUCCCAAUGAUGUCACUCAUAUCUCAAUGGCCCCCCAAGGGACUCCCGGUUAUGUUGAUCCAGAGUACCGCCAAUGCUACCAACUCACCGAUAAGAGUGAUGUCUAUAGCUUUGGGGUUGUGCUCGUUGAGCUCAUCUCAUCAAUGCCAGCUGUUGACAUUACUAGGCAUACGCAAGAGAUUAAUUUGGCUAAAUUAGCGAUAAACAGGAUCCAAAAUGGUACCCUGGAUGAGUUAGUUGACCUAACACUUGGGUUUAAGUCAGAUUCUUCAAUUGAAAUGAUGAUUACAUCAGUGGCAGAGGUGGCUUUUAGAUGCUUGCAACUUGAAAAGGAAAUGAGGCCUACAAUGGAUGAGGUUCUAGAAGCUUUAAAGGAUAUUAAGCAGUACAGAAAUGAGAACACCAGGGAGAGAAUUGACAAUGUUGGGGCAUUGACAAGUGCACAAUCACUUUCUUCGCCUCAUAGCGACAAUGUUGUGUUGUUGAAGAAAACAAAGUCACUAUCCUCACCGGAUUCCGUGACCAACAAAUGGGUCAGUAGCUCUACCACAUCCAUUUCCAGUGGAUAAGCCUCUAUUUCACUCUCCUCAACUUUAAGGUAGAUAAGAAAAUGCAUUUAUCAACUGUGUCGUUUGCAAGUGAAUGGUUUUUGAAUUUCUUUUCCUUUUCAUCUGCUUGCCUUUGUUACUCAUAUAUAUCAGAUAAUUAUAUUGAGGGAGGAAUGGGUAUAGUAAAUGGAGAUCUCAAUUGUAUACAUGUUCAUAUUUGGAUA